AUGAGUCUGUUUUUGAUCUUCUCCGCUUUCGUAGACACACCUCCUCCUUCCCUUUCAGUUCACGUGCCGUUGAAAGAAAUAUUUGAUUCACCUGCUCUCUUCACCUUUGAAAUAAACAACCUUGAUAUACAUCUUUCUUCCCCAAGAUUUCAAAAUAAACAACUGCCGGCCGCUAUCGAAAAGAAAUGUCCAACGGUAAACAAAGGAGGUGUCGUUGGGACCAAGACCGAAGACGGCAACAAGGUUGACCUGCAUGGCUCAAUUGCUCCAUAUCUGGUAGUGACACCAGAGUUAUCAGAGGAUGGGAAAGGCGGAACUGGCAGAACAAACUUAUACGCUCUCAUCGUGGAGAAGCCAGCGCCGAAUGGUCUCUUUCUCCCAACCAUCGUUUUACAAUCAAAGGUUUUCUACUUAGCUAGGGAUCGAAAUAGUUCAACGACUAGGGACAAGAGAGCAUCAGAAUGGAACAAGCUGGCUGCUAAAGAAGCGUUCCUACUGGAGCCCGUUCUAUCUCUCAAAAACGGUAUUGGAUUCCACGUAUCCUCAUAUCUGAGAACGUCCGAAACAUGGCACCUCCAGAAAGUAUUGGCUCUCAUGGAAGAAGCAGACGAAGAUCUCAAGCACAUGCCCGCUCCAUCAAACACAGCUCUGCUUGCAUUUUUUGACAACGAGAACGAAAAUUUCGGUGAGGACGAUGCAGAGAUCAUAAACAAGGAAAUGGUUGAACUUUGGUCCGGAUUUGAGAAAAUUAGUACUGGUGAUUUGCUCGUAUUGAAGAGGCAAAUUAUGGGAGCAGAUAUGUUUAUCGAGUACAAAUUGCUUCGUUAUUUCGGCAGAGGCAGCUAA